CUUUUUGACAGCGAGCUGUCGAUUGUAAUUUGCAGGUUUCUUUUAUGAACUGUUUUUAUUAAGCCACACGGGCGAAACAAACUUGCAGCCGCGAAAUACUGUAUUGUUUUCAAAAUGCCACCGAAAAAAGCUCCUGCUGCAAGCAAAAAAACCGAGCAAAAGAAGAAGGAGAAGAUCAUUGAGGAUAAGACUUUUGGUUUAAAGAACAAGAAAGGCUCCAAACAGCAGAAAUUCAUACAGCAAGUACAAAAACAAGUGCAGUCCGGUGGUCAGCACCCACGUACCGAUGGCGAUAAACGAAAGGAUGAUAAGGAGAAGAAGCUGCAAGAGCAGCGUGAAUUGGCCAUGAUCUUCCGACCCGUGCAAAUGCAGAAAGUGGAAAAGGGCACAGAUCCAAAAUCGGUAGUGUGUGCGUUCUUCAAACAAGGUAGCUGUACUAAGGGGGAUAAGUGUAAGUUCUCGCACGACUUGACCAUUGAACAAAAGACCGAGAAGCGCUCAAUAUAUGUGGAUAUGCGCGAUGAUGAUCCUGAUGACAACAUGGCCAAUUGGGAUGAUGCCAAAUUGAAGGAAGUGGUAGAUAAAAAGCACUCUGACGAAAAGAAGAGACCAACAACUGAUAUCAUAUGUAAAUAUUUCCUUGAAGCUGUGGAAAAAUCCAAAUAUGGUUGGUUUUGGGAGUGUCCCAAUGGUGCAAAGUGCAUCUACCGCCACGCGCUACCACAAGGGUAUGUGCUCAAAAAAGAUAAAAAGAAGGACGACAAACCUAGUGAGAUUUCUUUAGUUGAUCUAAUUGAAAGAGAGCGCGCCGCACUCGGCUCAAAUCAAACACGCGUUACUCUGGAAACUUUUUUGGCUUGGAAGAAACGCAAAAUACAAGAAAAGAAAGAUAAAAUGGCUGCAGAGGAGGAGAAAAAGAAGAGUGACUUUAGCAAAGGCAAACAAUUUGGAAUUUCCGGAAGGGAAAUGUUCAGUUUCAAUCCUGACCUGGUCGAUGAUGGUCCAAUGGAAGAAGGUGAUGCAGCAUUUGAUAACUACGAGCGUUCAGACGACGAAGAUGUAAUGGAAUUCAAGGAAUUAGAUUUAGCUGCACUUUCACUGGCUGCUCAGGAAGCGGAUGGCACGGGAACCGUAGCCUCUGAAUCGCGCUUGCAGGAACAAUCUGACGCGGCGGCGAAGCAAGCGGCUGAAGAGGAAGCUGCAGCAACAACAAGCAAUGAAAAUAGCACACCUGCCAACGAUGCAGCACCCAUUAACAAAGAACUAUUUAUGGGUCUUGUAGAUGAGCUAGAUGACCUGGAUAUUGAAGAUGGAGACGAUGACGACGACUGAGCAAACAAAAACCAACUAUAAAGAAAAUCCAUGGCGCCUCACGUUAGUGGCAUAAAUAUCGGUUAAACUAGCAGUAGCUUGGAUUUUGCUACAAAUUUAGAAACAAUAAAAGAUAAUUUACUAGCUUCUCUGAUAUGAAAUGAUGUAACAUUACAAGAAUUUAUUAAAUAACAAAAUUCUCUCUAAAUUGGAGACAAAUAAA